AUGCCUCAACCACCUCUCGAUUUGAACAAAUACACUUCAACACCUCUCCCUCAUUUGAGAGAACAAUAUCCUCCUGGAACAGGUGGUACAGGACCCAGAGCAGAGUUUUCCGGUGAUUUGAAAGGUGUUCAAACGAUUGACAAUUUCGAUGAUCAAGUGACUAAGUAUAUCAAAACUCUUCCUUCAGAACCUAUCACUCCUCAUCCGCAUUACAAGUAUCCCAAGAUCAUAGCUGCUCUCAACACGGUACCUAAUCCUCUCAAGGCUCCGACAGAUCUGCAAAAAGCACUGUCUUCUUUACCUCUGCUUGCGACUUCUACGAUUUUAACGGCACUUGAUUCAGAUCCAGAAGAUUUCAAAUUCGUAACUGAUGCUCAAGCUUUAGAUAGAGCAGGAUAUGAAAGUGAUGGAGGUGUAGAUGGUUCAGGUGAAACCAAACCUCUCAAACCUGAUUACAAAACAAAACCUUGGACUUUUAAGUUCAACAAAUCUCCUCUAGGAUCGGGAGAAUUCUUACUCACCAAAGGUGGUUCAGAUGAAGUUAAACUUGUAGUUAGAACUAUUAAUUCUUCAGCUUUCACUGCUGCCGAUUGGAAAGAAUAUAUCGUCAAUGGUCCAUACAAGUACAACACUAAAUCCAAAGCAUCGUGGUAUUGGUCAAGAGCAUACAACGCGACCAAAAGAUUGAAUUGUCAAUAUUACGUUUUGACAGAUUGGCAAAGAUGGACAUUUGGUUAUUUCAAUAAAGAUAAAACUCAUGGAUGGACUUCACCCAUCUUGGAAUAUGAUUCUGAAACACCAAGUGUUUUACAAGCUUUAUUAUUUUGGUCAAGAACUGCUAUUGGCUCAGAGAACACUACUUCCCCCACUGAGAAAGACGUUUCGUCUUUACCGGAAUUGUUCCCAGCAAAUCCUGCUAGAAGAAUAUCUUCUUCAGGUGGAAAUAAUCCUCAUCAUCAUGAUAGAGAUCAGAGUAAACCUAGAAAAGCUAAUGAAAGUGAUAUCGAAGAAAGUGAUGCUGAAGAUGCCGCAUAA